GGGAGACACCGCGGCUGGGCUGGGCUGGGCUCUCCCGAGCUCCCCGCCUGCCGGGGUCCUCUUCGCUUCCGCUUCCGGAUCUCAGUCACCGGCACGGGCGCCCGAAAGUCCAAGCUGGCGGUGGCGCCGGAGCCCCAGUCCAGCCCCUCUCCAGAAAUGGAAGGCCAGAUUCCUUAUGAUGAUUACCCGGUAGUCUUCCUGCCACCUUAUGAGAAUCCCCCAGCCUGGAUUCCUCCUCACGAGAGGGUCUACCACCCAGACUACAACAAUGAAUUGACCCAGUUCCUGCCUCGAACCAUCACACUGAAGAAGCCCCCAGGAGCCCAGUUGGGAUUUAACAUCCGUGGGGGAAAGGCCUCCCAACUGGGUAUCUUCAUCUCCAAGGUGAUUCCUGAUUCAGAUGCCCAUCGGGCAGGACUACAGGAAGGAGACCAGGUCCUAGCUGUGAAUGAAGUGGAUUUCCAAGAUAUUGAGCACAGCAAGGCUGUGGAGAUUCUGAAGACAGCCCGAGAGAUCAGCAUGCGGGUCCGAUUCUUCCCCUACAAUUACCAUCGACAGAAGGAGAGGACUGUGCACUAGAAGCUGCAUGUAGAAUCUACCUGGGAUACCUGACUGACUUAGGAAGCACCUGGGAAAUCCUGCACUGCCCCCGACUACACUGCACUUUUCCUCAUUUUCUGGGUGGGCUUCAGGCCCUAUUUCUAGGGGGAAUCCUCUUCCUCUGUGCCAGCAUUGAUCUGAGUCAGGGAGCCCGAUGGAAACCUCAUUUUCCCUUCUCCCCACCCCCUCCAGCUAAAUAAAAGGAAAAUCUGGAUUACUGUUAA